AUGUCGGGGCCGAGCGCCGUGUCGGACCCCCAGCACCCGGCGCGGCUGCUGCGGGCCCUCAGCUCCUUCCGCGAGGAGAGCCGCUUCUGCGACGCGCACCUGGUGCUGGAGGGGGAGGAGAUCCCGGUGCAGAAGAACAUCCUGGCCGCCGCCAGCCCCUACAUCAGAACAAAAUUGAAUUAUAAUCCUCCAAAGGAUGAUGGCUCAACGUACAAGAUUGAACUUGAAGGGAUAUCUGUUGAUAUCAUGAAAGAGAUACUAGAUUACAUCUUCAGUGGGCAGAUCAGGCUAAAUGAAGAAACUAUCCAAGAUGUGGUACAGGCAGCUGAUCUCCUGCUGCUUACAGACUUAAAAACUCUCUGCUGUGAGUUUUUAGAAGGUUGCAUAGCUGCUGAGAACUGUAUUGGUAUUCGGGACUUUGCACUGCACUAUUGUUUGCAUCAUGUUCACUACCUUGCCUCAGAGUAUCUGGAAACUCACUUUCGAGAUGUCAGCAGCACAGAGGAAUUCUUGGAACUGACUCCUCAAAAACUGAAAGAAGUGCUGUCGAUGGAAAAGCUCAAUGUUGGAAACGAAAGAUACGUCUUUGAAGCGGUGAUUAGGUGGAUUUCUCAUGAUUCAGAAUCGAGAAAGGUUCACAUGAAGGAUGUCAUGUCAGCAGUGUGGGUUUCGGGCUUAGAUGCAGCGUAUUUACGUGAGCAGAUGAUGAGCGAACCACUGGUACGGGAGAUCGUCAAAGAAUGCAACAAUAUUCCCCUCACGCCGCCCCAGCAGGGAGAGGCGAUGCUGGCCUCCUUCAAGCCCCGGGGUUACUCGGAGUGUAUAGUGACUGUUGGUGGAGAAGAACGAGUAUCACGGAAACCAACCUCAGUGAUGCGGUGUAUGUGUCCUCUUUAUGAUCCCAAUAGACAGCUCUGGAUUGAACUUGCUCCUAUGAGUAUUCCAAGGAUCAAUCAUGGAGUAUUGUCAGCAGAAGGAUUUUUAUUUGUGCUUGGUGGUCAGGAUGAAAACAAGGGAACGCUAAGCUCUGGAGAGAAAUAUGAUCCAGAUACCAAUUCAUGGAGUUCCUUACCACCAAUGAAUGAGGCACGGCAUAAUUUUGGUGUGGUAGAGAUUGAUGGAAUUCUGUAUAUUCUGGGAGGUGAGGACGGUGAAAGGGAGCUAAUCUCUAUGGAGAGCUAUGAUAUUUAUAGCCGGACCUGGACCAAGCAGCCAGACUUGACCAUGGUUAGAAAGAUUGGCUGCUAUGCAGCUAUGAAGAAGAAAAUCUAUGCAAUGGGUGGAGGCUCCUACGGAAAACUCUUUGAAUCUGUUGAGUGUUAUGAUCCUAGGACUCAGCAGUGGACAGCAAUCUGUCCUCUGAAAGAGAGAAGAUUUGGGGCAGUGGCCUGCGGAGUUGCCUCUGAGCUUUAUGUAUUUGGCGGGGUCAGGAGUCGUGAUGACAGUCAAGCCAGUGAGAUGGUGACGUGCAAAUCUGAAUUUUAUCAUGAUGAGUUUAAAAGGUGGAUUUAUCUGAAUGACCAGAACCUAUGUAUCCCAACUAGUUCUUCCUUCGUGUAUGGAGCUGUGCCCAUUGGAGCCAGCAUAUAUGUGAUUGGAGAUCUUGAUACAGGUACAAAUUAUGACUAUGUUAGAGAAUUUAAAAGAAGCACGGGAACCUGGCAGCGCACUAAACCACUAUUUCCAUCGGACCUCCGCCGUACUGGCUGCGCAGCUUUGCGGAUCGCAAACUGCAAGCUCUUUCGACUGCAGCUUCAACAAGGAUUAUUCCGCAUUCGCGUACCUUCUCCGUGAUCCGUAUGCUGACAGUGGAGGAGACUGGAAGAAUUCUGCGCAGUCCACCAUAAUAUAGCUCUAUAUAAAGGAAAAGCUGAGAAAUUACAGCUGAAACUUACACUGUAUGCUGUGCUUUGGUAUGGUAACUGUUUUUGUUUUAAAUGCUUAAAAAGCUUGAGUCUCAGUUCUUGUUUCGGGAACAAAUAA